AUGGUGCGAUGGCUCAUUGAUCACGGUGCGAAUCUUAGUGCUCGCGGUCUGUUCGACAUUACACCUCUAUCCAUUGCAGCCAAAUCUGCUUCAAAAGAGGUGACCGAGCUGCUCGUCAAGCUUGGUGCUUCCACAGAAGAGGGACAGCCUCUUCAUUGUGCUGUGGCCUACGAUUCUCCAGGCGAGAUUAUCCUACUCGUUUUUAAGAAUGGCGCUCCGAUCAACGAAAGUAUGUUCCAAGAACAUAAAUUUUAA